GAGGCAGGGUCCCGCGGCGUCUCCCGUUAGCAGCUGUUGCAAGGCUAUCAUGAGAGGCCUUGGGCCAACCCUGAGGGCUCGGCGCCUGCUGCCACCCCGGUACCCGCCGCGGCCGCCGGGGCCUCGGGUGCCUCGGCUGUGCAGCGGGCUCACGGCCGGCGCCAUGGACGAGCUGCUGCGGCGAGCCGUGCCACCCACGCCGGCCUACGAGCUGCGCGAGAAGACGCCGGCGCCCGCCGAGGGGCAGUGCGCCGACUUCGUGAGCUUCUACGGCGCCUUGGCCGAGACGGCCCAGCGCGCCGAGCUGCUCGGCCGCCUAGCGCAGGGCUUCGGCGUGGACCACGGCCAGGUGGCCGAGCAGAGCGCCGGAGUGCUGCAGCUGCGCCAGCAGUCGCGCGAGGCGGCCGUGCUGCUGCAGGCCGAGGACCGGCUACGCUAUGCGCUCGUGCCGCGCUACCGCGGCCUCUUCCACCACAUCAGCAAGCUGGACGGCGGCGUGCGCUUCCUGGUGCAGCUGCGGGCCGAUCUGCUGGAGGCGCAGGCCCUCAAGCUGGUGGAGGGGCCGCACGUCCGGGAAAUGAAUGGAGUACUAAAAAGCAUGCUGUCUGAGUGGUUCUCCUCUGGCUUCCUGAGCCUGGAGCGGGUCACCUGGCACUCACCCUGUGAGGUGCUUCAGAAGAUCAGUGAGUGUGAGGCUGUGCACCCUGUGAAAAACUGGAUGGACAUGAAGCGGCGUGUGGGGCCGUACCGGAGAUGUUAUUUCUUCUCCCAUUGCUCCACCCCUGAGGAGCCCCUGGUUGUCCUGCAUGUGGCUCUGACCAGUGACAUUUCCAACAACAUUCAGAGCAUUGUGAAGGAGUGCCCUCCCUCUGAAACCGAGGAGAGGAACAGGAUCUCGGCUGCUAUCUUCUACUCCAUCAGCCUGACCCAGCAGGGCCUGCAGGGGGUGGAGCUCGGGACCUUCCUCAUAAAGCGAGUGGUCAAGGAGCUGCAGAAGGAGUUUCCUCACCUGGGGGCCUUCUCAAGUCUGUCGCCUAUACCUGGAUUCACCAAGUGGCUUCUGGGCCUCCUGAAUGUGCAGGGAAAGGAGAAUGGGAGGAACGAGCUGUUCACAGACUCAGAGUGCAAAGAAAUCUCAGAGGUCACAGGUGACCCAGUUCACGAAAGCCUCAAGGGCUUCCUGAGCAGUGGUGAGUGGGUGAAAUCGGAGAAGCUGGUACAGGCCCUGCAGGGGCCACUGAUGAGGCUGUGUGCCUGGUACCUGUAUGGUGAGAAGCACCGAGGUUAUGCCCUCAACCCUGUGGCCAACUUCCAUCUGCAGAAUGGGGCUGUGAUGUGGCGUAUCAACUGGAUGGCUGACAGCAGCCUGAAAGGCCUCACCAGCUCCUGUGGCCUCAUGGUCAACUACCGCUACUACCUGGAGGAGACAGGCACCAACAGCGUCAGCUACCUGGGCUCCAAGAACAUCAAAGCCUCUGAGCAGGUCCUCAGCCUGGUGGCCCAGUUCCAGAAUAACAGUAAGCUCUAGCAACAUCCUCCCAAAGCCUGGGCCCCUGCUCAGAACGGGAGCUGCUACGUUCUGAUGGGCCAGGCUUACUUACCCCAGGAGCCUUUUCAGGGAAGCCACAGCUGUGCUGUGUCCCCUGACCUCAGCAGGCACUCAGGAGGCCCUACCUCAGCUGUCACUGUGCUGGCUGACUCACUGCUUGGAGAAGGUGGUGAUGUGGGUACACAUGCCUGGGAAUAUCCCUGUGCUCCUCCAGAAGCCCUUGCUGCUGCCCCCAGCCUGUGCCUUCAGGAAGCUCUGCUGCAUCACCCACAGGCUGCCCAGGGCAGAGCUUGUAGAGCUGACAGUCUUGUCUUCUGUCCUCUCUGCAGUGAGAGGGCUAAGGUCUGUGCUGUGGCUGCCACUGCAGCUGAAGCUCAGACUGGAGGCUUUGUGACAUGCACAAGACAUAGCCAGCUCCUCAAGAUGCUGCUGCUUGAGGCCAGGGUUGCCUUAGAGGUUUUAAAUGAGAUUCCAGUUCAUAAUGAACUGAACAGUAAGGAACAAGUUUGUUCUGUAAACAUUAAACAUGAUUGUUCAUUGUA